UUUGUCCAUGCUUGUCUGUUUGGCUGAGGAGUGGAAGGAGAAUGGUAAAUUGUGGAGAUUUCUCACUGUUCUCAGAGUCCCUGACUUGAAGGAGAAGAAAAUAAAGAAACCACGGCUCUUUCUUUUUGUUGCGGGAGGAGAUGUGGUGUGAUUGAUGCAUAAGGGUAAGACAGGGGCAAGGAUUUUGCUGUGAUAUAGUAAUGCUCCACUGCAGGAGCAAGUUGUGAAGCGUAACAGAAAAAUCAGAUCCACCACUGUGUGUGAAAGACAGAGAGGAAGAGUAAAGAGAGAGAAAGAGUGUGUGUGCGUGUGUGUGUGUGUGUGUGUUACUAUAUGUCUCCCUAGGAGUGUGUACGUGUGUAUUUUGUGAGAUAGAGAGGAAGAGAGAAAGGGUGUGUGUGUGUCUGCUUGCGUGUUUGUCUGAUUCAUCCAUUCCCGUCUGCAUGGGAGCCCAGCACAGUGUGUGUCUGUGUGAGAAGGACACCUGACUGAUCUGCACGUAACGUCUCUGCUUUCAAGAAGAAAACCUCCUGCCUUCUGCUCACAAGGAUCUCCUGCCUGACUGCUGCCAAGUGCUGUCUAAGAAACCAAGGGAUCAAACUUUCUUUUCUUUAUUAUUUUUCAUCUUUGUUCAACAGAAUCAACAUUUUUGCAGCUGACAGUGUCAAGAUACCGGUCUGUGAAUGAUGAUGGAUUUCCUUUCUGCCCACCAGGAAUAAGGCAGGAAAAAUCCAGAGAGCUGUGCUUUAAAGUUAUUUUCCACAGAUCGUCGCAGCUGCAGUACGAUUCAGCGAGGCUCAAAGAGGAGAUAAUCAGCCGUGUGAGGUGCCCGUUCCCUGCGUGGGGAUGGCAGCCCCUGCUGCGGGGCUGCAGAAGAGCCUGCGGGAAUGAGCCAGCCCUGCGGCACAGGUGCUCUCCUCCCCAGGUAACCUGCUCCGGGGGCAGGUGUCAAUAAUGAACCUCCGCGUGAACGCUUCGGACCUGAUCUCCUCAUCCCCUGCAACUGCUACCCCGCUCCCCCUAACCCUGGACCGGUGGUCACCCCAGGGAAUUCUGGGUAGGGGAGGAGGAAGAGGGGGAGGGGAGAAUGUUUCCCUGGGGUGUAACAGCGCUUUGGGUGGGCCACAGGGGAACCUGUCACAUGGGGCUGGGUACGAUGAGGGGGCGGGCCUCCUGGGGGCAUGGUGUGGCCCCGCCCUGGAGACGGACACGGCUGCCGACGGCGACGAGAAGCACUGGUGGGCGCUGCUCAUCCUGGCGGUGAUCGCGCUGACCGUUGCGGGAAACAUCCUGGUCAUCCUGGCCGUGUCGCUGGAGAAGAAGCUGCAGAACGCCACCAACUACUUCCUGAUGUCGCUGGCCGUGACAGACAUGCUGCUGGGCCUGCUCGUCAUGCCUGUCUCCAUGGUGACCAUCCUUUAUGGAUAUACCUGGCCCCUGCCCGCCACACUCUGCCCCAUCUGGAUCUAUCUGGACGUGCUGUUCUCCACGGCGUCCAUCAUGCACCUGUGCGCCAUCUCCCUGGACCGCUACAUCGCCAUCCGCAACCCCAUUCAGCACAGCCGCUUCAACUCCCAAACCAAGGCCUUCCUCAAGAUCAUGGCGGUCUGGACCAUCUCUGCAGGCGUUUCCAUGCCGAUUCCGGUCUUCGGCCUCAAGGACACAUCCAAGGUGUUUAAGGAGAGCAGCUGCCUGCUGACAGAUGACAGCUUCGUUCUGAUUGGUUCCUUCGUGGCCUUCUUCAUUCCCCUCACCAUCAUGGUGGUGACGUACUUCCUGACCAUCAGCGCCCUGCAGACAGAGGCCACGCUGUGCCUGGACCAGCUCGUACCCAGGCCCCGCUGGGCCACACCUCUCAGCAUCCUGCCCCCGAGCUCGCUGUCCUCCGAGAAGCUUGUCGGACGAUUGGUGAGCGGGCGGGGCCGCGAGCAGGAGGCGGGGCAUCCCUUCGGCCGCAGGGCCAUGCAGUCAAUCAGCAACGAGCAGAAGGCCUCCAAGGUCCUGGGCGUGGUCUUCUUCCUGUUUGUGGUCAUGUGGUGCCCGUUCUUCGUCACUAACGUGCUGGCGGUGGUGUGCAAGAGCACCUGCGACGCGGACGUCAUGGAGGGCCUGCUCAACGUCUUCGUUUGGGUGGGGUACCUGUCCUCCGCCAUCAACCCGCUGGUCUACACCCUCUUCAACAAGACCUACCGCUCGGCCUUCUCCCGCUACGUACGCUGCCGCUACAGGGAGGAGAAAAAGCCCCUGCAGCUCAUCCUGGUCAACACCAUCCCCCCGCUGGCCUACAGCUCCACCCAGCUGCCUCUGGGUCUCAGCGCCCCCCUCAGGAACGGAGGCUGCGGGGCGGAGGGACACGCCAGAUCCAUGGUGACUCUGAGGACAAAUGCGCCAGAGUCCAGAGGAAGAUGGAGCGGUGAGGAGAAUAUCAGUCAUGUGUGAACGUGUGUUUGGUUUUUUUUUUAACGUUUAUUUACUGUGUUUUACAGGGGCAAUGCACAACUAUCAGUGUUUCAGAUUUAUUUACUGUAGUGUCACAUGCAACUAAAGAGGUCACUUUCAUCAAUCAGAUCUGGGUUACAGACUGAAAUCCUUUAACCAUUUGGACACCAGUAAAAUUCCUGUAGACUACAGAAUAGAAGCAUCCAUUUUUCCACAAUAUUCAGAACAAAAUUCUUGUUUUUAUUAAACUUUCAUAUGUGUUGGUUAUUUUCUGACAAUUGCUUGGUCGGGGGCCGUUGUUUUUAUAUAUUUGUACUGCACAUAUCUAUGUAUGUGUUUAUUUUGUUCUAUUUAAUUAAUUUAUAUUGUAUUGUGCAUAUCUACGUAUUCCAUGUGCCUUUAUAUCAUUUUCUUUCAAAACGUACAUAUGAAAGAGACACACCAGUCUUAUUUUUCACAUUUUAGGCUCCUUCAAACAGUUAUACUCUGAAAUACUGGGCGCUAGAGCAGUACUGUGAUAGAGCAGCAGAUCUGUAGGGUGGACAGUAGCUUCACAUAGCUGGCCUACAACUAUCCACUAUAAGCCGGGUAAAUAGGGAAAUAAUGUGGUCAGUCAAACAUUUCACACUUCCUGAAACAACCUUCUGCCCAAUCAUGACCCGUGUCUAAGCUGGCGAGUCCCUGGUGUUCCAGUCACUCGCUGCUCCCAGGAGUUAGCGAGAAUCCUGAGAUCUCUGAGGCCAAGCGGACAGGCCUAGGGCAGCAGAGGGAGGCUAGGAAGCUGAGCGAUGUGGGGGUGUUUGAGCAGGUGGAUAAAGUCUCUUACCUGAGGAAACCUAGAGGAGCCAGGUGGGUGGACAGUGAGCCACGGGCUGAGGUCUAAUCACGUGUGUUUGUAAAACCAGCGUGAAAGCGUCUCAGCAUCGCAACCUUUAGCAGAGAGCUUUGAAAUUGUCCGAGCGAAAUGCCAGGGACACCAGCUGCUGGCCGGGGCGACGGGCGACUCGGGUAAUCACAAGGGGAAGUGACUCAUUAUAGGGAGGUGAGGGUGGCGUGAGUAGGGUGGGGGGGUGGGGGGGGUGUUCCCUAUCCUCUGACCUCUCAGGAUCAUCAGUCUUACACUCGCCUGCAAUAGCCUUUCAUCUUUUACCUGCUAUUUCAAUUAAGCCCCCCCUCUUUUUUAAUCCAUAAAUAUUUUAUAUGCCACAGUCUUCAACAUUAAUAAUUUAUUCACUGUCAUUAUCCACAGUAUUUUUAGACAUUAAUUGCACAUUAGAACAGGAAGUGGUAACCGGAUAACUGCACCAAAUGUCAGCACAGGUCCUACACUAAGCUACAACGUUUAUUUCUGAAAUUGUGAAUAUUUAAAAUGAGUCAUGUGUCUUUUUUAAAUAGAAAAACCAAUCAAAGUUUAACUUAUUGAGUUGCUGCAAUGAGAAAGCCUUUUAGGAAAAAGAACGUUUUGCACAUUGUCAAGUAAAAUAUUAUUGACAUAUUGUCAAGUAAUUUCAUGUUGGACCACUGUAUUGAAAGCUUUUUCCAUCCACCUUACAGAUCAGACUGAGGUCAGUUUAAUUUAGGGUGUGAGGCAGACCUGAAGAGGCCUGCUUUUCCCCUAAAGAAAGGAUAUUCUCCUUCUUAAAUCCCACUUGCAAACAUCUCCAAAGGUUUGGGGCACGUUCAUACGAAAACUAUUUGGCUUUGAACACUACCGUCCUUCUCAAGGAUUUUCAGCUUUUUUCAACAGUACUUGAAAUACAUGGACAGACGAGACACAGGGGUAGUCAGAAGUGUUAUAUUUUAGAACUGGUUUCACACUUCACACCAUCCCCAAUCAGCAGUUGUAGCAACAGCAACCGGACGCUCAGUCCAGCACUGCUUCAGUUCAUAAGAAGCAAUGUUUUUCUCAUCCUGAUCCAAGCUCUGACUUCCCAAGAAUUAGAAUAAUCAGACUAUUAGCAGUGAGCAGCAGCAAUGUGAAUAUUAACGGAUACCACAUCUAAAAACCUGGCUCUACAACUCGAGGAUCUUUCUUCUGCAGCAGUGUUCACAGCUUGUAAAUAUGUCUUUGUAGUGUAUAGUUCCAGAUAUGCUGUGGGAACAUGACCGCAGAAUAUUGAAUUAUGGUUAUCUAGUGUUCAAAUGUUUUGGCCAGGCAUAGUCACUAUCUUAUGAGGAGCUGCAGAUGAAACAAAAGCGGGUUUGUACAUCAGUAGCAGAGUCCUGACGUACACAGGGAGAGGGUAAUUACAGAACAGGUGGUUCUGCUCUCCCGUCACACUUAAAUCCUCAAUUUAAUUCCUCUAUUAUCUGUUUGGCUUUCAUCAUUUCCACAUUUAUGUUCUGGCUAUUCAGGCAACAAAAUAAAAUAGCAAGCAAGAUAGACAUUUUCAGGAUGAAAUGUUUUGUUUUCAUCAUUUCCCAUUUUUUGCCAACUCGACUGAAAUUAGUUCCAUUUUAAAUUCUUGGCAAUGAACAUAAUUUGAGGCUUGUAACAAAUAUCUGGACUCAACCUAAAAACAAAAGCUGAGAAGAGGGUAAUGUGCAACAGAACGGCACAUCUUACUGCUGUAUCAACUAGCUAACUUAGCUCAGUUGCACUGAACAUUUCCUCAUAUACUCAAUACGUUUGGAUUCUGUAUGCAGCUCAAUGAGAUUGCCGCCCUACAACAACUCAAUCCUCUGCCUCUGUAGACCACAGGUGUGGCAUCUGAUCUAAGCAGGGCCCGUGUGUGGAGCUUUUAUUCUCUCACAGCACUACAGCACCUGAUUCCACUAAUGAAUUAAUCAUGAGGUUCUAUCAAGGACUUGAUGAGUUGAAUCAGGUGUUUCAGCGCUGGGCUGGAAGAGAUCCCUGCUCUCACACCAGUCCUUUUCUGAUACAUUGGCACCCUUUUGGCCUUCGCACUUGAUGUUUACCUGCUAAUGAGAGCCUAUCUGAGCAAUUGAGAUAGUUGAUUACACAGAUGCACCUGCUUGCCUAGGCUUGACAUGGUUGCUGACUUUUAGGUUAAAUAAAAACCAGCAGAAUUGGUGGCUGGUAGUGAUCAGGGCUGCAAGGCCUUGUGUUAAUUAAGUCAAACUAUCAUUCAACCCUUUAACUUAAUAACUGUGGGAUUUGUUGCCCAAAAGCUUGGGCUAAAGAGUACGGCAGACUGAUGCCAUUUAUCUUUACAGAAGCAAUGAGCACAAGCUCUGACUGCAGGUUUAAUUCCCAGGUAGGAUACUGCCAUUGUACCCUUGAGGGAGGUGCUUUACCUGAAUUGCUCCAGUAACUAUUCAGUUGUCUAAAUCAGUGUUUUUCAACCCUGGUCCUGGGGACCCAUUGCCCUGCAUUGUU